AAAAUUAAUUUUUUGUUAAAAAAAAAUCCAAAAUCCCUUAUUACACUUCAUACAAAUGUUCCUGCUGCCCUGUGAUUAACCCAAAAAGCAAAAACAAAAAAAAACACCUACAGUUCAAACAUUAUACCAACAGCUACUAGACAGCCUAUAUCAAGAAAAGUAGGCCACUUGUGUUUAAACCUAAACUCAGCUGGACCACAUGGCCUUCUAAAGCAACAAAACGCCUAAAUCAUAGCUGAAAUCUUAAUAAAAAACCAGAAAAUAUUCCAACUAGCCAAAAAAAAAACAGCUCCCCCAGAAAAAAAAAGCAACUAAAUUAUUGAUCAACAAGUGUUUUAGCAAGUAGAUUGAUUCAGUUAGCGGCGUUUCCAACACUCAAGCUCUCCCCUACCAAUCAACCUGCCUACGAUAAAUUUUAAACCAUAAGCAGCAAAGAUUGCAAAAAAAAAACAAACAAGCAAAAAUACUAAAAACAACACCAACCAUAGCAAAUAUUACAAAAUCUACCAUAACGACAUAGUCAUAGCUAAGCUGAGUUGUGCUCAGUGGAUUGCAGCUCUACAGAUAUUAGCACAGAUUAUUGCUAAUAAAAAAAAAAAAAACAAAAAACAAUUAAAUUACAAAAUUUCUGUUCCCAAAGAGCUAUAGUUUCGGCCAGCAUUCAACAUGUUUACUGUGGCACACUUAAAAUAUAAAAAUAUUUGGAUUUGGCUAUUGCUGCUACUGGUGUUGCUAGUUAUUGCGGAACUACCACAGGCCAAUGGCUUUAAAGUGACGGCCACCUUGAUCUCCAAUCACAAUUAUCCUGUGGAGGAGCAUACAGUCCACACCUAUGAUGAUUACAUUCUCACCAUGUAUCGCAUUCCAGAUUCACCAAAACUCAAAGACAAUAAUGCCACCAGCACCACCAAACCUGUAGUGUUCUUACAACAUGGCAUACUAUGUGCCUCAGAUGAUUGGAUUAUAAAUGGACCGGAAACUUCACUGGCCUAUAUGUUUGCCGAUAUGGGCUAUGAUGUGUGGUUGGGCAAUGCCCGAGGCAAUACCUAUUCGCGGCAACACAAACAUAAACGUCCUGACUCUUCAGAUUUUUGGAAUUUCAGUUGGCAUGAAAUAGGUGUCUAUGAUUUGACAGCCAUGUUGGACUAUGUGCUGGAGGAGAGCAAUGUGGCUUCGGUACAUUUUGUGGCACAUUCUCAGGGUACUACGACAUUUUUUGUGCUCAUGUCUUCGAUGCCUUGGUAUAAUGAAAAAGUCAGGACAGUACAUUUAUUGGCGCCCAUUGCCUUUAUGAGAAAUCAUUCGUUUUUAUUGUCCAAGGUGGGAGGCAUAUUCUUGGGUUAUCCCUCAUUUUUGAGCAUGGUGUUGGCCGGAGUGGAACUGUUGCCCACAACUAGUGUGCAAAAGUUGUUCUGUGAAUAUGUCUGCUCUCCGGAAUCACAUUUUACAUUUUUGUGUUCGGGCAUUUUGAAUUUUAUAGGAGGCUGGGGUACGAGGCAUUUAAAUCAUACCCUUCUGCCCCAUGUGUGUGAGACCCAUCCAGCCGGUGCCUCCACCACCCAAAUCAUUCACUAUUUGCAGUUGUAUACCUCGGGAGAUUUUAAACAAUUCGACUAUGGCAUAGAUCUCAAUCUCAAGAAAUACAAUCAAAAAACCCCUCCCCACUAUGAGGUGAGCAACAUCAAGUCCUGUGUCAACAUGUACUACAGCAACAAUGACUACAUGUCAGCCGUCGAGGAUGUUGAAUACUUGGCCACCUUAUUACCCUGUGCCGAGCUAUAUCGAAUACCCUAUGAUGACUGGAAUCAUUAUGAUUUUCUGUGGUCCAUCAAUGUCAAGGAGAUGAUAAACGAUCGCAUCAUAGAGAAAAUCGAAGCCUAUGAGCGUACCCAUGAUCAUCCGCAGGCAAUAUAAUGCCCCAUGAAAAUCCAUCGUACCUUAAAACCAAACCUUAGCUAAUAUUUAAGAACCUUUGUAAAUUGUUGUAAAUAUAUAUUUUUUUUAAUAUUA